GUUGAUAGACAAUACUGAUAUCUAGUUCUUUAUUACAUAAUGAAGCCAUUUCGUUGUUUCAUUUGUGGUUAUAAGACUUUUGAUGACGACAAGAGUCAGUUACCGAUGUUUGUAGUUACCAAAUCUAGAAUGCCAUUAUGGGAAAAAGUUCUUACUCGAAAAGGGUUGAAAGUGGGAAUGAAGCUGUGUGGUGAUCAUUUUGACGAUGCUGACAUUCUUGGAGGAAAAGUUCUUUCUGGCAAAUGUUAUGCUUAUCGAAGGCUCAGAUUGAGAACUGGUGCUUUGCCGAAACAUUAUAUAGAUGGAUCCACAGGUCAAGUGACUAAGGUCUUAAAUUCUGAUGGCCCACCAUCUGUAAAUCUUUGUUUGGAUCCAUUGAAUGAUGACACUAGGAUUGUACGUCAUAAUGAUAGAAAAAAGGAGAUACUUCAAUCAGGAACCUCAAUAGAUGGAUCCGCGGGUAAAAAAGCUAAGGUACCCUCUUCUAAUGGCAAACGAACUGUGAAUUACAAAACUGUAAAUCAUCGUUUGUGUAACGAAUUCGAUCCAUUGACAAAUAAGAAGGCUGAGAUCGCAUCCUAUAGAAAUCAACAUAGUGGUGCUUUGGAAUCAUGCAGUAAGGAAGAAAUGUUGCGAGGAGAGAGUGAAGACAGUAAGAAUGUAUCCAUGAAGGAGAGAAGAAAGGGAAGUCACUCCAACAUUGAGACAGAUAUGUUGCCGAGGAAAACUAUAGACCCUAAGGCUUCCUCCAAUGGUGGUAUGGAAAAAGUAACUAUUCAGGCAAAUAAUGCAAAAGAUGGAGAAUUAGAUUUCAAUUAUGUGAAAGUCAAAAGACUUAAAAUGAAUCACAAUGCCUAUCAACAGAGAUACUCUCGGGCAAAGAAGAAAAGCAAGAAUGUCAAGGUAGUCCUUAAUAGUUACAGUGAGCCACUUUCGUUGGAAAUGUGUCAGCCACCAAUAGCCGAACAGUUACUCCAUUUUGAAUCGGAUCCCAUCGCUGCACUGAUGAACCUCGUAACAAAUACGGGGUUGGAUCGGUUUCGAGAUACUGAUCGUUUGAUGUAUUGAUGUGUUUGAUAAUUGGAGUGAAGCUGCCUUGGAUCCGAACCCACUUCCUGAUUACUUGAAUAAUCUAGCCCAAGAAAUAAUUAGUAACGUUACAGAAGAAGAUCUUGCCGUGAUUUCUGAAACGUUUCUAAGUAAUUGGGAUAUUGAAGCACAAAUGUUGGCAUGUGCUAGUUACGGAAUAAAAGAUUUUGAUAUGGGUUCAUCAAAAUUCCACACCGUUUCCCUUGAUCAA